GAUGUUUAAACCAAAGAAAAGGAGAAGAACAAGAGCGUAAUGUUGAUAUAAUUCAAGAAAAUAUCGAAUUUAUAUUAGGCAGAUGUAGAGCUAAGAUAGAAAAUGGAUGCUCAAAUACUAUCAUGCUUGCAUAUACCGAAGUUAUCUGCCAUUUGGAACGGUUGGAUUUGGCAUCGAUUAGAUCAGAAGCUCCUCUAGUAUCUGGCAUUAUUGAUCUUUCGGAUAGUGAAGAUCCAUUUACAAAUUUAUUACCAUUGAGGACAAAGCAGAUUUUGAUGCAUCAUACAUUUUAUAAUGAUGAUUUCCCGGGAGAAAUAAAUAUGAUGAUCGCUUUACCACAUGGGAAGAUGACUGUUGAAACCAGACAUAUACUGAUGACAGUUUUUGACUUAUUAGAAGGAUUGUAA